AUGGCCUCAUUGCAGAAUGCAUUGGAUUGUGUGUCUGAGCUUGUGAUCACGGACGUUCCCUUGCACUGCUUUCGAACCAUGGUGUCAGAAGUUGCGAAGUCCAGCUGCAGCGGUGUCGACCUGAAGACAUCGAAUGUGACCAGUUUGAUUGCGUUUGACGUCCUGCUCUCGCCAACGGACUGGGCAGUGCACUGGUCCGAUGUGCUUCGAGGCGCGGAAACCGCCAGAAUGCUCCUCGCCAAAGUGCAGGAGCACUGUGCUGUGACGGUUCCUUGCGACCUGCAAGGGUCGAAAGACAGGCUCAGCGGCACGAAGGACAAGGAAGACGCGGCCCCGAAGGAACAGCCACAGCCAGCGAACGAACAAAACCAGGACAAGGAAGAUGAUGUCCAGCAAGACGGUGAUGGAGGCAAGAGCGCCGGAGACAACGUCGGUGCCAAGGAAAAGGGCAUUACAAGAGCACUGGUUGACGUCAACACCUUCCUGGGCAAGAACAUUGUCGGCGCCUUGGAGAGUGCUGCGGUGCAGAAUGAGUUGAAGUUGCUCCGGAUGCCGCACGACGGCAUCCAGCCCCGUGUGUACAAGCAUGUGGAGCUCCUGCUCAAUGUCCUGGUGGAGGACAUUUACGUGACACACUUCGCCGAGUACGAAUCGAACAUAGAGAUCAGCCUGCAGUCCAACGGCAAGCAGACUGAGUUGAAGGUGCCCCUGCCACUCUCGCCGGAUGUACGUUUCCCCUUCAUCGGGAAAGUGGUGCACUCUCAGAGCAGGCUUCCCAAG